CCUCCCCCCACCCCCGUGCUUCUCUCCCUCCCCGUUACGGAGUGUCGGCGUGGGGUGGGGGGGUGCUGCUCCCAACAUCCCACCGGCCGUCCCCGCCAGCGAGGGGCGAACCCCGCCCCGGUGACACCUACCUGCACGUGGGGACACGGGGGACACCGCGGCCGGACACCCGCGGGCUCCGUCCCCGCCGCAGCCUGGGCAGGGGCCGCUGCCACCGCCGCUCCGCGCGCAGCUCCUUCCUCCUCGUCCUCUUCCCCCGCCGCUUCUCCGGCUGCACAAAGAGCGGCAGCGAAGGCCCCGGGUUUGCCUCUAAAGGCAGCGGCUGGAAAUUUAAGGUGUCCCGGAGCCAUGUCUGCCCGCAGCGUUGCCCGCCGCAUUCCCCGGAUCGAUGGUGGCUGCAGCGCCUCGCCUCGUGUGCCUCGGGCGGUCGGGCUGGCGCUGGGUGCGCUGGGGUUGGUUUGGGACUGAUCAGCAGAGAAACUGAUCCCGUUGCUCUGGGCUGGGAGAGGCCGGCAGUCAGUGGGAGAGAACCAUGUCUGUUCGGGAGUCCUUUAACCCAGAAAGUUACGAACUGGACAAGAGCUUCCGUCUGACCCGAUUCACUGAACUGAAGGGCACAGGCUGCAAAGUGCCCCAGGAUGUCUUACAGAAACUGCUUGAAUCUCUACAAGAAAACCAUUUUCAGGAAGAUGAACAGUUCUUGGGGGCAGUUAUGCCCAGGUUGGGAAUUGGGAUGGACACUUGUGUUAUUCCAUUAAGACAUGGAGGUUUGUCAUUAGUCCAGACGACAGAUUAUAUUUAUCCUAUUGUGGAUGACCCUUAUAUGAUGGGACGAAUAGCGUGUGCCAAUGUCCUAAGUGACCUUUAUGCCAUGGGGGUCACAGAAUGCGACAACAUGUUGAUGCUCCUUGGAAUCAGCAAUAAAAUGACAGAUAGGGAAAGAGACAAAGUGAUGCCUCUAAUUAUCCAGGGUUUCAAAGAUGCAGCAGAAGAGGCAGGAACAUCUGUUACUGGUGGCCAAACAGUGUUAAAUCCCUGGAUUGUUUUAGGAGGAGUGGCCACGACAGUCUGUCAGCCUAAUGAAUUUAUAAUGCCAGACAAUGCAGUGCCAGGAGAUGUGCUUGUAUUAACUAAACCCUUGGGAACACAAGUGGCUGUAGCUGUUCACCAGUGGCUAGAUAUUCCUGAAAAGUGGAAUAAAAUCAAACUGGUGGUAACGCAGGAAGAUGUAGAACUAGCAUAUCAGGAGGCAAUGAUGAAUAUGGCACGGCUGAACAGGACAGCUGCUGGCCUCAUGCACACGUUCAAUGCACAUGCAGCUACAGACAUCACAGGGUUUGGGAUCCUGGGCCAUGCACAGAACCUUGCCAAGCAGCAGCGGAACGAGGUGUCCUUCGUCAUCCACAACCUCCCCGUCCUGGCCAAGAUGGCUGCUGUCAGUAAGGCCUGUGGCAACAUGUUCGGCCUCAUGCAUGGCACUUGUCCAGAGACUUCAGGAGGCCUCCUCAUCUGCCUACCACGAGAGCAGGCAGCACGUUUCUGCGCCGAGAUCAAGUCCCCAAAAUACGGCGAGGGCCACCAGGCGUGGAUUAUCGGCAUUGUGGAGAAGGGCAACCGCACGGCCAGGAUCAUCGACAAACCCCGGAUCAUUGAAGUGGCACCACAGGUGGCCACUCAGAACGUGAACCCCACGCCCGGUGCCACCUCUUAAUAGAGAUGAAAUAGCUGUUUGUUUUUGAAUAGAUCUAUUCCCUUAUCAUCCUACAAUUUAAAGAACUGUAAAAAGAAAAGAAAACUUGUUGUGUCUGCACAUCUGGUGGCCUUAGGUCAGUUUAUGAGUGGAUACAAAUAAUAAAAUCCAUUGCCUUUUUUUCCUGUUACAUUAACUGAAGAUGCACCUAAUCUUGAGGCAGCUUCUGAGUUGAGAAUUAUAUUGUUAUCCAAUACUGUUGAUUCAUUUUGAAUCUUUAGACACUUAUCUCUUGCCGCAUAGGCUCUUUUUAAAGGUGCUUUCACGUAGCACAGACAUUACCAGUAGUAGUGUCGAAUAGCAGUUUGUGUCCUUUCAUUAUGUGUAUAUUUAUCAUGAAUCUAAUUUUGAUGCCUUGAGUGAUAUUCCAGAAAGGCAAUAAAUUGACAAGACAUACAGUGGGUUACCCAGUAGUAAGAGGUUGCAUGAUUGCAUUCAAUCUUCGAUUAAAAAAAAAAA